AAAAAAAUUCAAUCUCAAGAAAGAAAUUAAAAACGGAUAUUAGCACUAAUAUAACAGUUCCGGUUAUUAGUACUUCAAAAUACAUUAUCAAUUCACAAAGCAAUGAAUAUGAUAACAUUAAUACACUUUCAUACUAUAUGGACGAAUUUCAAAAUGCUGAGUUAUCUGAAGAGUCUGCAAAGUUUGUAUUUGAAAUAGAAUUAGAUUCAGAGCUUUUAGACAUUGUCGAACUUGGUUAA